AUGGCUGAAGCCCAACUACGAGACCAGCAUGGCAACCCUAUCCAACUCACCGAUCAAUACGGUAACCCUGUUAAGUUAACCGACGAGCACGGCAGACCCGUUCACCUCACCGGCGUCGCAACCCCUGCAGCAGGGACUAAUUAUGUUGCAACCACCGGCACAACAGGUUCUGGGUUUGGGACCUACGGUACUGGUGCAUAUGGUGGUGGUGCAACCACAGGCACAACCACGGUGGCAGAUCUAAUAGGAACCGAACGAAAGAGUGAGAUGCCAACUAGGCACCAUCAGAGGGAGGCUGGAGAGCUUCGUCGUUCCUCCAGCUCUAGCUCUAGCUCGUCUGAGGAUGAUGGGCACGGUGGAAGGAGAAAGAAGGGACUGAAGGAUAAAAUAAAAGAGAAGAUACCAGGUGCAGGAGGAGGAGGAGGGAAGGAGCAUGCACACACAGCCGCCGCCACCACCACUACCCCCACCACAACCGCUGCUCCUGGAGCUACCCACCCAACGGCAACCACCACUAGCCCCACUGAGCAUGAGAAGAAGGGCAUAAUAGAGAAGAUCAAAGAAAAAUUGCCUGGCCACCACGGCCACUGA